AUGAUCCUGCAGUGGUCUUCCGCCAUAAAGGCAGCGCCACUAGUCUUUAUAUUUUGGAUUAGCAUAAUAGCGGUGGAUGGUCAUAAACAGAACAAGGCACUCGUUUGCCCUAUAGGAUUUACGUUAGCCGUUACAAAACAAAAAGGAGAUCCAAUAUGCUAUAGAAGGAAAGGGCCAGAGGCCUUCGAAGAUGUAUUUAAAGACUGCGCCGGUAACCUUUACACAUCAAAACUGUAUUACAGCUUGAACAUAACGGACCCUAAUAUAAUAUUAUGGACAGAAUAUAAGUCCUCGUAUCCUGGGGGACCGUUCAUAGACUGGUCUUACUCUAGUACGAUCGGUGCCUUGUUUUUCUCCACUUACGACGUCAGUUAUAACCCUGAUUUAGGCUUAGAUGAAGAGCUGUGCUUGGUUAUAGAUCCAGCGAGUAACUUUACUGUGACAAAAUGCAACGAGAGGCAUUACAGAUAUUGUUUUGUCAAACCUUACGAAGAUAAAAUUUCUGAUGAUGGUUGUGAAGAUUUGCAAGAUUCUAAAAGGUUCUCAAGUCCAGUCGCCACUUGUCUUGGGGUCUUGAAUGGCGUAGUUGGUGGUCCAGUGCGAGCGACUUGGAGACAGGCUCAAGAUCUUUGUGAGAAAAGAGGGGGGUCGAUCUUAAAUAAGGGAUGGAGACAUGCCAACAAUCCAAUGUUUCGGGCGAUUGGGUUCAAUAGAAAAUAUCCAUUGGGGAUCAUCAUGAGCCCGGAUUUUUCUCGGCUGUGUUAUGAUGCCGAAGAUGAUAACUCUGAGAUACCUGAAUCAGAAUGGAACUUUGAAGAGAACGUGCUAUCUUCGGAUACAUUGCUGGGUGCUCUGCACGACAAUUAUUGGUACCUCGUUAACAGUUCCUAUAUCUUCUACGACGUGAUAUGCGAACGGUCUAUCCAGAGGAGGAAUAUCACCUUGAAUGUGACGAUUGACAUAGACAACAAAUUGACUUUGUCAGUUAACGAUUCAAUCGAUGAAAGCGAUAUUCAUUGCUUCUCUGACUCCGUUAUACACUACCCGACCCGCAUUAAUAUGCAGCGUGAAAAAGACAGUAAUGUGUUUGUACUGAAACCAAUAAUGGAUGGAUACUACUGGUGCGUCCAAACGAAUUCCGUGAAUUAUGAAGUGGCAACGUCUAAUAAGGCGCUCUUUAUAAGAGAGAAGCAAUCGAUGAUAAACAUGUACGCGACGAAAAUACGAAUGAAAAAGAGGUACAAUUUCGAGAAUUUGGAAAAGAUGUACAGGCUGUGGGUGAAAAAGCUGGCGGAGUACAUAUUCUAUGUGACCAAAUACUCGAAUAUUUACGAAGAGUUGUCGUUGUACACCAACGAUACGGAACAGAUACUCAAGCAAUUUAAAAGUUCUUACCCGGGCUUAGACUGGAAGGCGAAGGAGAUAAUUCUAUCUGUAAAACUGAAGAGGUUAUAUUUGGACGGUAGAACAGCAUUAAUUCACGUCGAAUUAAAUCCUGAUAUGCUGCCAGUUCCACCCGGGUGGUGGGAUGACAUGGAGGUGGAGUAUAUGAAGCCGUCAUAUUAUUGCAGGGCAUUCGAUUCUGUGCCAACCUUAAAGUUAGGUGAAUCAAUAUCGACUCCCGAUUGUCGCACAUACACAUGCAUCGGAGACUUCAACGAGGGCGUGCAGUGGGUGACAACAGCUACCGAAGGCUGUACUACAAAACCACAUAUGGCCGUCUUCACCACCGUCCAGGUCGAGGACUUCUGGGGCAGGAAGUUGCAAGAUGAGUCAAUCACACAGCUCAUGCCAUCUGUUAUAAUGAAAGCUACAACACACGCUGAAGCACCACAGAUACGUGAAGCGAGCGGCGAAAGCUCCGAAGAAUUAACGACCGAACGUUACAGACCUAAGCCUCCAACAUCGACCACUACAUGUAAAUAUCCGACCACCACUGAGCCUUCGGUGACCACCACCGACAGUUAUGUGACUCAAGAAGCUACCGAUGUUGUGAGCACUGAAACUCUACCACCGAUCACGGAUACCACCCCAGUUACCACUGAGACUACGACGCAAUAUACCACUACUACUGACAUGCCUACAACGAAAGCGCCCGAGGAACAGUUACAGCAAGUUCUGGAAGAUCUAGACAAACUCGUAAACAACAACUCCGUUCCAGUUCUAGUGUCAAAUGUAGAAUCGGUUUUUGACCAGGUGGAUGUCGUUUUGGAAGCGCAAGACAAUUUAGACAUCCCCAGUAAAUUGCUCCACUUGCUGGAUAGGCUGGGAUCUUCGGUGUAUCUGAACGGAUCCAGUAAUGCUACGGCUGUGAGAAGCAACAUUGCGCUCGUAAUUGCCGAUGCCAAGCCAGGGAGCCCGGUUAUGGGUUUAAGAGUUGCGGCAAGCAAUCAAGGCGUUUUCACAAAGAACUCUUUUGAAAUUUUAACAGAAAAGCUGAACCCCACAACUCUGAACAACGUAGAGAACGAAGCUGUGGUCAAUUUACCCCAGUCGGUGGCGGAUUCCUCAACGCGCAUCAGCUUCGUAGUGUUCCGCAAUGACCGCGCCUUCCAGUCCAAUUACCCCGUGAACAGCAAAGUGUUGAGCAUCAACGUGGAAAACAUCACUAAUUUCAACAGCGGAGAGGUUGUCGACAUCCACAUCAGUCCCAUCACGAGUGAACCGGGUCGCAACUUAAGUCGCGCAUGCGCUUACUGGCAGUUCCUGAACGAUGGCAGCGGAUACUGGUCGCAGGAGGGUUGCACCUUCAUAAAAGCCUCAAGGCCUGGCCUUCUGGACACUUGCAGAUGCACUCAUCUCACUCACUUUGCGGAGGUCCUCGUCCCGAAAGCGGUCUUCUCUCAGCGCAACGAAGACGCACUGGAAUUGAUUACAAUCAUUGGAUGCUGCCUCUCCACUUUUGGUCUAUUCAUGGUGGGAUUGACGGCCGCUAUCUUCAGGACCUGGAGAAGAGACUACAGCAACAAAAUCUGGUUACAGCUCUGCAUAGCCGUCUUUCUCCACAUCGUCUGCUUCCUCGUUGCAAUCUUUGCGAAAUUCGAGCAGAAUAAUGUUGGAUGCAUGUUAGUGGGAGUCGCUCUCCACUAUUCCGUUCUAGCGUCCUUCUGCUGGAUGCUGGUCGCAGCUGUGCUGUCUUACAGGCGAUUGGUUCUGGUUUUCACACGAGAUGCUUCACACAAGCUGUUGAGAGCUUCGGCGUUCUCGUGGGGAGCUCCUUGUGCCGUGGUGGGGAUCCUACUCUCAAUCGCCCCUCAUUCUUACGCGGGCCGUUUCGAAGAGAAGAUGCCCAGUGGUUCUUUCUGCUAUCCUUCCGGUCUCGCUCUAUGGUUGACAGUGUACGCGCCGAUAGCGCUAAUGCUGCUCGCAAACUGGACACUAUUCUGUCUGAUAGUCCGCUCCGUGUUUGCUUCUAGAAGGAUCCAGAGGCACGGCAAUUCUAACGAGGCUUUACGUUGUGCAUCCGUGAGUUGUCUACUCGUGUUUCUCUUUGGACUGCCCUGGGUCUUUGGGCUGUUCGCUUUCAACAUCGUCGCGGCCUACCUCUUCACUUUGACGGCGACCUAUCAAGGUUUCGUUCUGUUCCUGUUCUUCGUGCUGGGUAAUAGGAAGACCAGAGAUCUCUGGUUGAAUAAGCUAAAGAUCAAGCAGACGAGGAAAGUGCCAGUGACCUCCUCCACGUACUCCAACAGGAGCAAUGGAUGGAGGGGUAACACGGUCGGUUUGAUGGAGUCGAAGAAUUCGAAGCCCAGGUCGUUGUCAACGCCUGACGAUUCCAGAUUCUCUUGA